GGCGGGGCUAGCGCUGGGCGCGGAGGCGUCACGUACUCCAUGGUAACGACGCUCGGCCUGAAGAUGGCGGCCGAGUUGGGUAGAGGAGAGGGCUCCCGGGGUCCAGGCCGGGGCCCGAGUCAGUGGCACUGGAGCGGUUCUUUGUGGAUCCGAGGCGUUUUACUCCUGUUGGGCGGGCUCCGCGCAAGCGCCACAUCGAUUCCUGUCUACUUGGGCAAUUCUCCUCCCUGCCGGCAUCACGUCCCUUCUGACUCCGAGGUCAUAAAUAAGGUCCAUCUUAAGGCAAAUCAUAUUGUAAGGAGAGAUGUUAAUGAACAUUUAAGAAUCAAGACUGUCUACGAUAAAAGCAUUGAAGAGUUGCUUCCCGAGAAAAGAUACCUUGUAAAGAACAAACUUUUCCCACAAGCUGUUUCUUAUUUAGAGAAGACUUUUCAGGUGCGCAGACCCGCGGGCACUAUCUUACUUAGCAGACAAUGUGCAACAAACCAGUACCAAUACCUGCGGAAGGAAAAUGAUCACCAUAGAUGCUGUACUGAGGAGUGUGCAGAGCAUACAAAAUGUGGCCCAGUUAUAGUGCCUGAGGAGCACCUCCAGCAAUGCAGAGUCUGCUGUGGGGGAAAGUGGCCCUGUGGAGCAGUGGGUGUGCCAGACCAAGAGGGCGUCCGGGAUGCAGACUUUGUUCUUUAUGUUGGUGCUCUGGCCACGGAGAGGUGCAGCCAUGAAAACAUCAUCUCUUAUGCAGCCUAUUGUCAGCAGGAAGCAAAAAUGGACAGGCCAAUAGCAGGAUAUGCUAACCUGUGUCCAAAUAUGAUCUCUACCCAGCCUCAGGAGUUUGUUGGGAUGCUGUCCACAGUGAAACAUGAGAUUAUUCAUGCCCUGGGUUUCUCUGCUGGGCUGUUUGCAUUCUACCAUGAUAAAGAUGGAAAUCCUCUAACUUCAAGAUUUGCAGAUGGUCUCCCCCCUUUUAAUUAUAGUCUUGGAUUAUAUCAAUGGAGUGAUAAAGUAGUUCGAAAAGUGGAGAGAUUAUGGGAUGUUCGAGAUAAUAAGAGAGUUCCUCACACUGUGUAUCUGCUGGUAACACCUCGUGUUGUUGAUGAAGCACGAAAACAUUUUAACUGUCCAAUCCUGGAGGGAAUGGAACUUGAAAAUCAAGGUGGUAUGGGCACUGAGCUCAACCAUUGGGAAAAGCGGUUAUUAGAGAAUGAAGCCAUGACUGGGUCUCACACUCAAAACCGAGUCCUCUCUCGAAUCACUCUGGCGUUAAUGGAGGACACUGGCUGGUACAAAGCUAAUUACAGCAUGGCUGAGAGGUUGGACUGGGGCCGAGGAAUGGGCUGUGACUUUGUCAGGAGGAGCUGUAAAUUCUGGAUUGAUCAGCAAAGACAAAAGAGGCAGGUGCUGAGCCCUUACUGUGACACACUCAGAAGUAACCCAUUGCAGUUAACUUGCAGACAGGACCAGAGAGCAGUUGCAGUGUGUAAUUUGCAGAAGUUUCCGAAACCUUUACCUCAGGAGUACCAGUACUUUGAUGAACUCAGUGGCGUACCCUCGGAAGAUUUGCCUUAUUAUGGUGGCUCAGUAGAAAUUGCUGACUACUGCCCUUUCAGUCAGGAAUUCAGUUGGCAUUUAAGUGGUGAAUAUCAACGCAGCUCAGAUUGUAGAGUAUUGGAAAAUCAGCCAGACCUUUUUAAAAACUACGGUGCUGAAAAAUAUGGCCCUCAUUCAGUUUGUCUAAUUCAGAAAUCAGCAUUUGUCAUGGAAAAGUGUGAAAGGAAGCUGAGUUAUCCAGACUGGGGGAGUGGAUGCUAUCAGGUUUCUUGUUCUCCACAAGGUCUGAAGGUUUGGGUUCAGGAUACUUCAUAUUUGUGUAGUCGGGCCGGGCAGGUCCUCCCCGUGAGUAUUCAGAUGAACGGCUGGAUUCACGAUGGAAACCUGCUCUGCCCAUCAUGUUGGGACUUCUGCGAGCUCUGUCCUCCAGAAACAGAUCCUCCAGCUAUUAACUUAACCCGAGCUCUACCCCUGGAUCUCUGUUCCCGUUCCUCUAGCCUGGUGGUCACCCUCUGGCUUCUGCUAGGCAAUCUCUUUCCUCUGCUGGCUGGAUUUCUUCUGUGUGUGUGGCAUUAGGAAUGGAAGAGUGAAUUCUCAAGACAUUCCUUUGUGUCAUGUUCCUCUGAACAAAGCACAGAAUCUGGGCAAGUGGCAGCCGAUGCAGGUGGCAGAAGUGGCAUUCCUGACUUUGGCUGGGAUGUGUUGACCACAAUCAGAUCUUGAAGCAGAGCUUCACAGCAGUCACUCCUCAUUGGCAACCCACAGCCUCAGAGUUUGGAGAAGAGAACAAAUUCCACAUCACCAAGUCUCUUUAUUUUUCAGGAUAGAUCACCUUGAAGUUUUCCUUUGAAAAUGGGAUCAUUGGUGAAACUUUCAGUAAUGACAUACCUCAGCAUUUUCAUUAACCUAAAACAAUGGGAAAGUUCAUCACUGCUGCAAUAAUUUAAAGAACAGCUAAUCAUUGCAAGAUUAUAAGUUGUGGACCCUGUCCUCAAAAGUAUAAGUUGUCCUUUGAUUUACAGAAAAGUAAUUUGAGUUGCAGUUCCUGCAUCACUCACUGUUUUACCUAUUAUGAAUUUAAUGACUGUAUAUGGUACAACUGAAUCAUUGUUCUAAAAUUUUUUAAAUUUGGUUUUUAAAAUUACGUUUUGCUAAAUCUUAAUGAUAACCAUGCUAGCCUUUUUCAAACCAGCACUCUGGCAGUUUCCUGCCAAAUCAUUAUGUGUUGGUGGCUCUCUUCUAGCUGUAUCUGUGCUCAUUGCUCUUCAGAGAUCCGCUUCCAUUUGUAUUCUCCAUUAGUUUAAUAAUGACUUGAAAAACUGGGAGGCAGAAAGAGAAAAAUGUUCUGCCGCAGGAAAACAUAAGACAAAAUGAUCUGAAUUGCUUACUGAUAGCAAAGUAUAGGUUUAGUGUGGGGCCUAUCCAGUAGAGUCCACUUUACCACACAAUGUGUGGCUUAGUCCACAGAAGUCAAAAGAUUGUCUUUGCGUUAAAAGGAGGUAAUGUCCUUUACCUCUUGCAUUUGAUGCUCUGUCACCACAUAGAUUCUGUCUCCAGAAACAGCUCCCCUCUGGUACCAGAGCUGACCAACCCCACUUAGUAAUCCCAGUUUGAAAUUCUUUGAUGAUGAAUGAUGAGCAGUUUUUCUCUCUAAAGCUAGCAAAGUCCUAUGGCAUUAUAAACACAACCCUUGGACAGGCAUGCAUUCAUUUAUUCAUUGGCUGGCCCUUUAAUUUAGUGUAUAGUCAUUAAGCUCUCAAUUUAAGAAAUUGUGCUAAGUGAACCAGAAGCUUAAUUACUAAGGAGUAAUUCCAGCUGACUGGCACUGGAUCCAAACAGCAACCCCAGCAUAAAGGAGAAGUCACCUUUUUUUUAAUGCAUAAAUUUGAAAUACUUAUUUGCAUACAGGGUGUUUUUGUUUGUUUGUUUUUUGUUUUUUCUAGGGCCGCACUUGCGGCAUAUGAAGGUUCCCAGGCUAGGGGUCUAAUAGGAGCUGUAGCCACCAGCCUACGCCAGAGCCACAGCAACACAGGAUCCAAGCCGUGUCUGUGACCUACACCACAGCUCACGGCCAUGCCGGAUCCUUAACCCACUGAGCGAGGCCAGGGAUCGAACGCGCAACCUUAUGGUUCCUAGUUAGAUUCGUUAAUCACUGAGCCAUGCCAGGAACUCCAUGCAUACAGUUUUAAAUUGGAGGUGUUUGUCAUUGUGAAAAGCUGGGGGUCUCUAGCAUAGCCAGCCUCAGCUGAAGAGAAGCUGGUAGCAAUGGUGUUUCUGCCUAUGUUCCACAUACUUUAAAUCAUGCAAAGUCAGAGAAAAGUGUAGAGUAUAUUUUUAAAGGAGGUUAUAAAAAUCUAAACUUAUAUACCUAUUGUCGUUAUGAAUCAUCCUACAAAGGUGUAUAAAGAAUUUCACCAAAAAACACUAUGAAUUAAUAAUAUAUUUGAGAUUCACAGUGAUAGGUUUGAUUAUAUUUUGACUGUUGUGCAGUAAUGCCAUUUAGGUAGUAUUGUUUCCGAGCAUGGUGCUUUUUAUACUUGAAAUAUAUUUUUGCUUUAUUUUUUAUUGAUAUAAUUAUAUUUGCACUACUGACUUUCUGAAGAAAAUAUUAUAGAUGACAUUUUUUCUAUAUAUAUUUGUUAAGCUUGGAAUCUGGUAGCCCAGUGUUUUCUCUGCACAAAUGUAGAAUCUGAUAAAGUAUGAAGUUAAGAAAUCUUGAGUUUUUGAGGGUAACUAACCUGGCUGGUGUCUUCCUUCCUCUUCAACAAGUCUUGAAAGUGGUUGCUUAUCACUGAUUCUGCAUAGUAUACUCAUUGGAGAUUUAGAAGGCCACUGAAUCUGUAAGAAAUUUGAAGAGGCGUGGCUUAGUCACAUAGAAUAUGAUACCGUUCUAAAACAAUAUUCUAAAAACAAAGACUUUUGGAGUUCCCUAGUGGCUCAGCAUGUUAAAGAUCUGACAUUGUUGCUGCUGUGGCUUGGGUCACUGCUGUGGCGAGGGUUCAGUCCCUGGCCAGGGAACUUCUGCAUGCCCUAGGCAUGGCAAAAAAAAAUAGUAAUAAUUCAAAAAAUAAAGAUUUUUAAAAUCUGAAAUUUCAGUGCAGAAUUAGCAGGCUAGAAUUCAGUAUGAACUGAAGACUUGGAAAUAACCUAUGUCGGUAUCCUUUGCAGGUAAUGCCCUUUAUGUUCACACAACUGGUUUACUGAGGAAGAGACUGAGCAGAGACUGCAGCCGUAGUGGGAGUGGGCUGGGGCAGGAAAGGAGAGUGCGGAGAACCCAUGUGAGGAGAGUAGACAGAAGUCCCUUCCUGACUCAGAAAGGGUCAAGUGCUUCUAAAAACUGACUACCUCAGUCUUCAGUUCAGACUUAGGUUCAUUUUGAUAGUAUUAAGGUCCCAAUGUCAAAAUUAAUCAAGUGACUUUGUCUCUCAGGUUUUCAAGAACAGCAUUUAUAGGAAGGAACCAAAAGCCAUGUCACUAGACUUGAGCUGACAGCUUUAAAGAAACUGGCAAGCAGUUAGGUAGUCUUAAUGCAGACCCCUCUAUAUUGUCCUGAAAAACAUCCUUUUCCCUUACUUAUUCCUUAGGGAUGCUUAUUUUUGUGAAGACCAACUAGCCGUGCUGAAAAGGUUAUAAACUAUGCUUAAAAUUAGUUUCAGCCUAAAAUGUUGGCUUGGGGUUUAUCAAUAUUUGAAUAUGAAACAAAUUAAUGAAGUUUAAGUAGUUUUAGGAAGAUACAUCAAUAAGUAUACCAGAGUGUUCCAUAAGGUUUUACCAAUAUCUCUUCAAUAUUACAAGACUUGCUGACUGAGACCAUCUGUAAAAUGACUAGAUGCUUUCUCAGAAUCUUUCCAGCUCCAAUAUUCUGUGACUAUUACUCAUCCAGAAUUGGGAGGUCAUUGCUGUCGCUGAUCCACCUCCUGGAGUGUGCCAGCUUACACAUCAUGGGCAUUGCGGUAUCUUGUGCUCAAUGCCUUAGCGCUGUCCGUGUCCUUGGACACUGAAUGGAGAGAGAAGAGCCCGUUUCUGAGAGCAUUUGAGUCGUCCUGGCUGGACCUAGGGGUGGACUUCAGUCACAGACCCAUUUCAUGGUGGGCACCAGUCAUACGUGCUAUGUUCUUGCAGCCCAGGAGGAUUAACGUAUUUUAAUAAAGUCUGUGCUACUCCUGAGGAAAGAAGUUCUGAAAGGAUGACCUUUUUUUUGACACAUUUAGUCACGGUUGGGGAGGGAGUGGUGAAUUAUUUUCUUGUUUACAUUUUUGAGAUAGAUUUAAGAACUAAUCUUUAUUUAUGGUAUUUAACUUUAAGUGUAAUAUAUUCCUUAGAAAAAAACACAACUUUAAUAAAAACAGAAACUAA